AUGGCUGAUUCGUCGACUAUCACGUUUUUCGUCGUUCUGGCGGUAACGUUUGUGGUUAUGAGAUACUAUCUACUGUCUCAACCAGCAACAUCAGCCAGUGCUCCAGAUACAUUAAACAGAUCACGGACGACACCUCCUAAUCGGUCGAGACACCAACAGAACACUGCUGCUCAGCAGGCUGCUGCUAAUAGCAUUCCAACGCGAGCAUCGCCUGGUUAUAGAAGACCUGUCACUCAAAGCAUGGUCGAGGUGGUCCAAACACUGGCUCCUCAGUUGACAAUCGAGCAAAUUCGCUACGAUUUACAGAGAACAGGAUCUGUAGAAGUGACUGUUGAACGAUACUUGUCCACUGGAACACUUCCCUUUCCUCCCAGUGCUCCAGUGGCAGCUCCUGUCGCAUCCACCUCUGCAUCGACAUCUGCAUCGACCUCGUCAUCCCCAUCUCCCGGUCCCUACAAAGACCUCAUCAGCAAAUACGAUCUCACAGAAGCAGUCAAAUCCAACGCCACUACCCCUGCUGCCGACACUCCUCUCCCCAAAAUGAAAUGGAGCACCGACAAACAAGAACGCCAGGCCCAGCUAAAACGCCAGCAGCAAGAAAUGGUCCUACGGGCCCGCCGCAAUCUCGAACUCAAAAGACAGCAAGCGAAAUGA